CAUUUCAAAGAAGAAUGUUCGCUCUCGGCGAUAUUUCGAGAUUCGAAGGCGAUAAUUCCGAAAAAGUCACGUCAUUCAAGAUUCUCAAACCAGUAUGGGAUGUAAUUACGGAUUAUCUUGUGAUAUUUCUGGCAAUGUUGUCGAUUGUGUUCGCAGGUAUGGAAGUCACGUCCGGUAGUUUUGAGUGUUUAGCUGCUGUUAAUUGCCCUGGUAAAUCCAGCUCAAAUACGAGCAGUUUCUUUUUAUCGCACAUGAAAUAUCAUAAUGUUUGUAAAAGCUUUUACAAUUCUCAGAAGACAAAUGUGCGGAUAAAGGGAACAGAUGUUAUGACAGACCUUAAGAGCAGCGUUCAAUACUCUAAAUUCGUGAAUUCUGAAUGCAGUAAGAGCGCAAUUCCCAACUUUCUUGCCUACUUCUGGUUUUUGAUGUUUAUCGAGGCAUUUGUGCUUAUUAUACUCGACAAUCUGUGGCUUAAGCUCCCUACCACGGCGGCGACGAUUGAAAGUUUUGUAUCACUUGUGAUGGCAUGUUAUGCUUCGCCAUGCUCAAAUUUAGAGUUAACAAAGGCGCUUUCAAAAGUGCCAAAUCCUAAAGUGGAAAAUUCCGCUUCUGAUGACAGCGGCAGUGACAGCGAUCAGGGCCAUGAAUUAAGUAUCUUGGAUGAUACUGCAACUGUUAGCGCGAUUAGAACCUUAAAUGAAAAACUGGAGACGCUUAAAGAGAUCAAUGCCACAUCGUCAAACAAACCAGACAAACCAGACGAAGCAGACAAACCAGACAAACCAGACGAACCAGACAAACCAGACAAACCAGACAAACCAGACGAACCAGACAAACCAGACGAACCAGACAAACCAGACAAACCAGACGAACCAGACAAACCACACAAACUAGACAAACCGCGUGUUAAAAUUUGGCUGUUAUAUUUGAUUCAAGCUAUUUUAGAAACCAUAUUUGCCUUAAUAUUUUUCACACUCAAUAUUUGUUAUAUAAAUGACUUAAAAGGGACAAUGAAAUGUACAGUGGCACAGCAUAUUCCCGUUCCUCAUGACUAUUUCAUUUGUUCACAUAGCCUUGCGCCCGCAUUUCGUUUGGGGGUGUAUUUAUAUAGUUCAGUGCUUGGCCUUGGCCUUCUGACUUACAUUUACAUAACUGGAUGGACACUCUCUAAGGUGACAAAAAACAAAUGUGAAUAUAACUUCAAAGAAGAAAAUUUACCUCCACUGGCAGGGGAAAAAUUGUCUGAUAUGAAUUCUGUGAACGAAGACCUCGGUUUUCUUCUGCACCUAUUGCACUCCUAUAGCAAGAUGUAUGUUGUUCGAUUAGCCCACUAUUUAUCAAAAAGCAACAAGAAAAAAGUACAUGCAGAGUUUUUAAAUAACAAGUACCGUAUUUCAAAGUUAAGAAGACGACUUAGAAAAAAUGAGAAAAAAAUCACAUUUAAUAGACUUCCCGGAAUACCGCAAACCAUAUUUCAGCUGGGCACUGAAAUUGUUACACUGGAAUUGAAACAAUGUGAACUAGAAAUUGAGGACUUUGAUAAUUUCUACCAACUUACUAGUUUGCGAAAGUUAUCUGUUAUUGAAUGUGGUCUUCAGUGCAUUCCGGAUGGUAUUUUAAAGAUACGUUUGCUGGAAGAAUUAAAUCUUAAAGGGAAUUUGGUAACAUUAAUUAAUAAAAGUGUGUCCAAUCUUGAGCUCGAGUAUCUGAUUAGUUUGGACUUAUCAAACAAUGACAUAAAAACUAUACCGGCAGGAUCCCUGGAGAAACUGAAAAAUCUUUUCAUACUUGACGUUACAGGCAACUCAGGAUUAGCGGAAACAGCUGAUUUAAAGGUUAUACUGGCUUGUGAAAGAUUGCGCAUUUUGCGCUGUUCUAGGGAACUUUCAGAUAAAAGGGACGAGUUAAAUGUAAUAGAGCAAGAGAAAUUUGACGCAGUCACAUCUGCUGAGAGAGAAAGUUUUGUCAUUCCAUACACACCAGACAAGGCUCCUCAUAUCGAUGUUCAAAAUACUCAGAAAAAUUAUAAAAUGGAUUCCCAACCUAAAGGAGUAGCUGUUAUUAUUAACAUUAUGUCAUUCAGUAAAGACAUUUACCCUUAUCGACGAGGUAGUGAGAAAGAUGUUGUCAAGUUAAAGGCAUUAUUUGAAAACAUUGGCUUUGACACUGUAUGUAAUCCUAUAGACUAUACAGCUGUGGAGGCCAAGAAAUUCCUUAAAGAGUGUGCAAAAGAGAGGAAUUACGAAAGUUGUGAUUGCAUUGUUGUGGCUGUGAUGAGUCACGGUAAUGAUGUAGGUUUUGUUUUUCAUGACGGCGAAGCGGUUCCUGUUCUGGACAUCGUCGAUUGUGUUCAAAUGUCUUCACUGUAUGACGGAAAGCCAAAGUUGUUUUUCCUCCAGUGCUGCAGAGGGGAAAAAAGGGCAGUUGGGCGUGCCACUUUUAGUAGUGAUCCAGGAGAAACUUCAACCGAUCGCGAUUUGACGCAUUCCACUGAACUCCACGCUGGUGUAACUGCGACUGAUUCUCUACCUGUUCAUUCUGAAGAAGGCGAAACUGAUGCAUCACCAACACCACAUGUUAUGUUUGAAGCUGAUAUACCAAAGGGCGCCGAUGUUUUGUUAUCGUAUUCAACAAUGCCAGGUUAUGCGUCAUUUCGUGACGUCUCGAAAGGUAGCUGGUAUGUACAAGCGUUAGUCGAGACGUUCUCCCAACACGCUUUUGAGGAAGAUGUUCUGAGUCUGCUUACAUUGGUAAACUACGAAGUCGCUCGUGCCCACGCUUCUGUUAGAUGGAGGCAGGUACCAUGUCCGCAAAGCACUUUAACGAAAAAACUAUACUUACUUCCUGGUUAUCCAAAGCCCAAGCAGAUUAAAUCUGACCAGCGUCAUACAUAUGUGUAA